GCAGCUUUUCCUGGAUUUGAACAGAACUUUGGGAAGUCCAGGAUAAUGAAGCUGCUGCAAGAAACUGACGAUGCAACAAGGAAAAGAAAGCUGAUGAAAUCUCAGGUGGAGAAACGUCGAAGGCAGAGAAUGAAUAGCAGUCUGGAACGUCUGAGGACCAUGCUGCUGCAGGAGCCUCAACAAGGAGGGACUCAGCAGAAGGUGGAGAAAGCUGAGAUUCUGGAGCACACUGUUCUCUUCCUGCAAAGAAACGCCAAAGAACGCAGGGAAAAGAUGGGAGGCCAGAAAUACUCCUUCCAGGAUGGGUUCUCCAGCUGCCUGCAGAGGGCGUCGCAGUUUCUGGGGCCUGAAGGGAAAGGCCUCUGGCUCGGACCGGUCCUGGACGCCACCUUCUCUGCCCGCUUCCCACGCUCACAAAGCCACUCCGCAGACACCCGCAUCAGAACCGCCACCUCCAUGACCCACACCAAGUCCCUGCUCCAGAUGCUGAGGCUGAGGUCCAGGUCCGGUCAGCAGAUGCAGGCCUCAGGGGCGAGCACCUCGGCUUGGCCGCGCAGAUUCUCAGCCCAGCAGAGCUUCCCCACAAUUCCCCAGCAGCCUCAGAAGCAAAGCGGGCUGGAGAUGGGAGCGGAGAGGCCGGGGAGCAAAGAGAGCUCGUCCCAGAGCGGAACCCUCAGCCAGACUUUAUGGAGACCUUGGCCUUGAUCAUCAGAACCCUCAGAACUCUCAAUAACCGUCUGUCCCUCCAUUAAAACUGCUUCUGUUUUCAUGUUGCUCUCAAAAGAAUAUCCUAACUCUCAUCUCUCUCUAAGCUCACACCUGAAAUCCUGUAAAUAAUGUAAAAUAAACCUCAUAAUUUGUAUCUUUGCUGUAGUAUUUUGGAUA